CGUAGGUGGUAUCAAAGGCGACCGAGUCCGACCGAUUCAUUGAGUCAUCUGUCUCCGUCUCUCUCGAUUCCAUGGAAACCCUCAUGAGCUCCUCCUCUGUUACUUUCAUGUCCUCGUCUUCUCCUUUUUCCAAUUUCUCUCCCAGACGGACUCCUCCUUCGAGGUCAUUUCAGUUCCCUUUCGCCUCCAAAGGGAACGAUCCUGAGCCAAACGGUCCUCAGUCCAAUUCGAAGGACAUCGCAUCAAACAAUCCUCAGUCCAAUUCCAAGGACAUCAACAGUUUUCCAAUUCUCAGUAAUCGCCAUCUCUCCCUUUCCCCUCUCUCAAAGGAUAUGGCAAUGGGAUUAGUGCUGAACGCAGCUACCGGGAGAGGUUGGACCACUGGUUCAGGUAUGGAAGGUCCUUCAGUUCCUGCUGGGAUUGCGAGUAGCACGGGCACCGAGAAUGUCUCCACUUUCCCAUGGUCUCUGUUCACUAAAUCACCUCGCCGAAGAAUGCUUGUAUCUUUUACUUGUAACAUUUGUAGGCAGAGGACAACACGGGCCAUUAAUCCCCAUGCUUAUACUGAUGGCACUGUAUUUGUGCAGUGUUGUGGGUGCAACGCAUUUCAUAAGCUCGUGGAUAAUUUGAACCUGUUUCAGGACAUGAAAUGCUAUCUCAGCCCAGGCUUUGAUUAUAGGGGUCAUGGCUGGGAUAAUGUUAACUUCAAAUAUCUGGACACGGAAAGUGGCGAUAAUGACAUAUUUCCUAUCCAGUGAGCUGGUUGGUCCAUUUAUAGAGUAUGUAUAUUCUGACCGGUCUAGUGGGAUCUUAGUUUGAUUGGCAUAUAUAUUCUUGAGGUUAUUCUGUAGAGACUCAUUUUUUCCAAUUCAGUAUCUGAUGGCUGGGUUGUAUUCUGGGGUUAAUAAUAUAUGUAUUUAUAUUAAGGAUUGCGCA